AUGCGCCGCGUUCCCUACAUCACCCGUUUCGUCAACUGGGACCUGAGCCAGGAGUUUCACGUCAAGAUGUCGAUCGUCACUCUGGUUCUUGCUACGCUCCACGCGAUUGGACACUUGAGCGGAACAUUUGUUUUUGGUAGUAGACCCUACAGACAGGACGCUGUUGCGGCCCUUUUAGGACCUGAGGCUGUUCCCAGGCCGUACAGCGCAUACAUCUCGAGCCGACCAGGGUGGACAGGGCUCACAGCGUUGGUCUCCUUCUAUCUUCUGGCGGUCAUGUCUAUGCCGCGGAUCCGGAAGUGGUCCUACGAGAUCUUCCAGCUCGGCCAUCUGCUCAUGUUUCCGUUUAUCGCCAUGCUCAUGGCUCACGGCUCUGCUGCCUUGCUACAAUUCCCAGCUUUGGGCAUCGUUCUGGCAUUCCCGACUCUGAUGGUUGUCCUCGAGCGCGGCACCCGCCUACUGCUCGGCUUCCAUCGGGUGCCCGCCUCCCUGGAAAUCCUCGACGACGACACAGUAUGCAUCACAGCAACGAUUCCUCGCUUGCGUCUAUGGCAAUACAGAGCCGGGCAGUAUGUCUUCAUACAAGUUCCACAGAUUUCCUUCUUCCAGUGGCAUCCAUUUACCGUAUCGGAAUGCAUUGGGAAAGACUUCAAGCUACAUAUCAAGACCGACGGCGACUGGACAGCCAAACUCCGUGACUUGACCGACCUCAAGUACAUUGGUGUUGACGGGAGUUACGGGGCACCAGCGCAACGAUUCUACGACUUCGACCAAACCAUCAUCAUCGGCUCCGGCAUCGGCGUGACCCCCUUCUCUGGAAUCCUAAACGACCUCCAGAGUCGCGAAGACCACGCCUGGACACGCCGCCGCGACUCCACCUCCUCGCACGAGUCCGACUCCGAAGCCCCUCCACCACCCAUCCAACGCAUGCCCACCAUCAUCAACCACAACAAAGAGAUCGAUCUCAACCUCUACCGCCGCGUCGACUUCCACUGGGUAAUCCGGGACCGAGUCUACCUCGAGUGGUUCUCCACUCUCCUCAACAAGAUCUCCACCGGCACGCACAACCCCAAUCUCGAUAUCCGCAUGCACAACCACGUCUCCAAGAAGCGCAAGGACAUCACUACGCAUGUCUAUCGCUUCCUGCUCGAGAAGCACCGGACGCCUGCCCAUCCGUACUCACCGCUGACUGGCCUGAUCGCGCCGACGCAUUUCGGCAGACCCGAUUUUCCGAAGAUCUUUGCGGAGCACUAUGAGCAGAUGAGCAAGCUGUUUGCACGGGACAAGCAGCGGAAGAGGCGCGUUGGUGUAUUCUUCUGUGGUGCGCCUAUUAUUGGGCAUCAGUUGGCGGAUCUGUGUCAUGAGAUGACGUUGAGGGGGAGGGAGGAUGGGAGUGAGAUUGAGUAUUUCUUUCAGAUUGAGGUAUUUGGGUAG